AUGAGAGAAGUUCCUUCCAUACCAAGGGAUUCAGAUUUUAGAGAUUUAAUUAAGGAUUCCAUACCCUUUAAAAUCUCAGGAUAUACAUCUGAUGAUUUGGGCUCGUGCCUGGAAGAAUGGAAACCAGAACGUUUGAGUUCUAUCCUAAGCGAAAGAAGGGUUUCAGUACACGUUUCAAGUGAACCAAACCUGAACUUUGUGGCUAAAAAUUUCAAGUACGAGUACAUGACCUUUUCUGACCUGUUUUGGCGGAUUAAAGAAUCUCAAAAGUGUUUAAACGGAGAUCGUGAGUACCUAUACUACAGAUCAUUGGGUGAACGUCCGAGAAAGGACCCAUCGAACCUCUCGUCAGUUCACCCUUAUCUGGAAGAGACUUUCAAAUUACCAGCUGAAAUCUCACGAAUACUUGAUGACUCUUCAUCAAGUAUCCACUCGACAGUUUUUAGAAUAUCGCAACCUGGAGUAGAACUCUGGACUCAUUACGACGCUCUGGACAAUUUUCUGGUUCAGAUUCACGGGAGUAAGCUCGUUAUUUUGUUUCCUCCAUCUACAUUGCAUAAGCUGUCAAUAACAGACACCUCCUCACCUUACAGGAAUAUUUGCAAACUGGAUAUGGACAGUGCCAAUUCUGAGCUUUUAUCAGCCUAUAAACUUGCCUACAAGACAGUUUUGAACCCAGGAGAUGUCCUGUUCAUUCCAGCAGCAUGGUCACACGGUAUACACUCGCUAUUUCCAGAAGAUGAUUCUGAGGAGAUUAAAACGUGUAUCUCAGUAAACUUGUUCUUCUCAGACGGUCAAGUUGAGUACGCAAGCAAAAACGUCUACGGCAAUGAAGACCCAGCACCAAUGAAGAGAGCAUGCGAUCUGCUCCAAAAGGAUUUUUUAAAUCUUUCACUUCAACUACCGGUUCAUCUCCAGAAGGCGUUCUGGAGCAAAGUCGCCUCAAUUUCACUUCAGUAUUUAAAUAAUCUCUAA